ACGAACUUUCACGUGCCGCGACUAAAAAUUUCCACGCUUCCAUCGAUCUCCCCUUUCAUUCUACGACGCAUACGCUCUAUGUCGCAAAAAUCAAACGAAACAAGUUCUUUUGUGGGCUGCUCUGGAGCCACCUUUAAGACUGCUGUACGCCCCAACCUUUAAAGGGUUGGCUAUCGUUGACUUUGUCGUUGGAAAGUGGCAUUGCAUUUUGAUAUAAAAAAUCAGCUGAUACCUUCGAAACCGUAUCACAGCCACUUCAAUCGUCUAGCAAGAACAUAGCAGUGAACUAACUGUCGCUAGCACUAAAUACCUAAAAUGGCAUUCAAAUUCGUACUCUUCGCCGCCGUCGUGGCUGUCGCUAGCGCCGUUGCUUAUCAUGCUCCUCUGGGAGCUUACCCAGCUGUGGCCAAGGUCGCCGCCCCUCUUGCCUAUCCUGCCAUCGCUAAGGUCGCUGCUCCGUUGGCUGACUACGAUGCUAACCCUCAUUAUAGCUACAGCUAUGCUGUUGCCGAUGCCGUAACCGGAGACAACAAGAGCCAGCAGGAAUCUCGCUCGGGAGAUGUUGUGACCGGAUCGUACUCUCUGGUUGAACCCGAUGGUACCCGUCGUAUUGUUGAGUACAAUGCUGAUCCCGUCAACGGAUUCAACGCCGUCGUCCACCGUGAGCCUCUGGCCGUCAAGGCUGUUGCCCCGAUUGCCAAGUAUGCUGCUCCGCUGGCUUACCCCGCCGUCGCUAAGGUUGCUGCCCCGUACGCUCCCUACGGAUACCCAGGCUAUGGCAAGGCCAUCCUUGGUUAAACUCACCACUUCAUCCCUAGACG